UACAGAGAAAAAGAAAAUAGAGAGUGAGAUAGAGAGAGAGGGAGUGUGUGAGAGAGAGAGAGAAAGCAGAAGGAGCGUAUACGCUGCCCAGCACACAAAACGCCCAUUUGAAUGGAUCCGUGUGUUGGCUGGUUUCAGGAGGAACAGGAGGGACCAGCGCUGCGCACAUGGUUAAAGAUUUGGGAAACGAGUUCCCAGGAAAUGGGUCCACUUCUAGAGCAACAGCUACAGCAGAGCAACAAUAACAACAGCAACAACAACAACAAUAGCAGCAACAGUAACGGAAAUAACGCCAGCAACAACAGCAGCAGCACCGGCAACAACAACAACAGCAACAACAACAGCAGCAGCAGCACCAGUAGCAAUACCAGCAGCAGCAGCAGCAGCAACAGCAGCACCAACAGCAACAACAACGCGGUGGCCACAAACAAUUUGUCUAGGAUUAUUAACAACGAUUCUACGAUCAGCCUGCGUGAUCCCGACUCAUUACAAAUUCUUCUUCAGCAGUUAAACGAAACGCCAGCACGGCACGGGAACAACAACAGCAGCAGCAGCAUUAACGGAGGCAAAAGCUCUAGCAACACGUCCAUCGAUUCAACAUCGAACAACGACAAUAACUCACCAGCGAGCAACAGCAGUAGCAGCAGCAGCAGCAUCAGUGCCAGCGCCAGCGCCAACAGCAACAGCAACAACGUGACUCCAAAUUCAGCUAACGGUACACCAGCAACAGCGACAGCAGCAACAAUAGCAGCGUCAUCUGCAACAGUAACAUCGACAGCAACACCAGCAGCAGUAGCUACUGCUGCUGCAAGCAGCACAACGACGCCGACAGGUGGUGAUAGCACCACCAUCACUUCCACCACCAGCAGCAACAGCAGCAGCAACACCAACAACACCAACAACAACAACAGCAGCAGCAACACCACCAGCAGCACCGCUACCACCACCGUUACCACUAACACGAACAGCAACAGCAGCAGCAGAAGCACCAGUACCAAUUUUGUAACCAAUCCCGCGUCCAAGGUGCCGCUGCACGAGCGCGCCAACACCUAUUACAAUCCAUCGCGUAGGAAACGCGUCGUGGACAACAAGUCGAGCACUUUGAAUUUGAACAAGCACGCCGACAUGAUAGCCAAGUACAAGGGCUGUCCGUGGCGUGUGCGCGACUAUCAGUAUGGCAAAGGUAUAAUUGGAUUGCACGAAGAGAUCGAGCAUUUCUAUCAGUAUGUCCUGCCUACGGCCUGCGAGCAUGCCAUACGCAACGAGGUGGUUAAGCGCAUCGAAUCCGUUGUCCAUUCCAUAUGGCCGCAGGCGGUGGUCGAAAUAUUUGGUUCCUUUCGCACCGGCCUCUUUCUACCCACCUCCGAUAUUGAUCUCGUGGUACUAGGCCUUUGGGAGAAGCUGCCGUUGCGCACUCUUGAGUUUGAGCUGGUGGCGCGCGGCAUCGCCGAGGCAUGUACGGUCCGGGUGCUCGACAAGGCGUCGGUCCCGAUCAUUAAGCUAACGGAUCGUGAGACACAGGUGAAGGUCGACAUAUCGUUCAAUAUGCAAUCGGGCGUGCAAUCAGCAGAGCUGAUUAAACAAUUCAAGCGCGACUAUCCGGUAUUGGGGAAGCUGGUGCUGGUGCUAAAGCAGUUUCUGCUGUUGCGCGAUCUCAACGAGGUGUUCACCGGCGGCAUCUCGUCGUACUCACUGAUACUCAUGUGUAUUAGCUUCCUGCAACUGCAUCCGCGUGGCAUAUACCAUGACACGACGAAUCUGGGCGUCCUAUUGCUCGAGUUCUUUGAGCUAUAUGGACAGAGCUUCAACUAUAUAAAUAUUGGUAUUUCGAUUAAGAAUGGCGGACGCUAUAUGCCCAAGGAUGAACUGCAGCGGGACAUGGUCGAUGGCCACAGACCGUCAUUGCUCUGCAUUGAGGAUCCCCUAACGCCCGGCAAUGACAUCGGACGCAGCAGCUACGGUGCCCUCCAUGUCCGACAGGCCUUCCGAUGCGCAUUUAGUGUAAUCAACAAUGCCGUUAGCGAAUCCAAUCUUUGGGGCAACGAUGUGCGCGAGACUUCCAUAUUGGGUCGAAUUAUUCACAUUACCGAUGACGUCAUUGACUAUCGCGAAUGGAUACGCGAGAACUUUGAAUAUCUAACGGCCAUGGAUCCGAUGUCAUCGCUGCCCGCCUACACAAACGGCGCCGCCAAGUAUGUGAUCUUGCCCUCUGGUACCGUAGUGCACCAGAUAUAUCAUCCGGUACUGCAGCCUCACACGCUGACGCAGACAUAUCAUACGGCAGCUGUGGCGGCAGUGGCAGCUGCUGCCCAACAGCAACAGCAGCAGCAGCAACAACACCAGCAACACCAACAACAGCAACAGCAGCAGCAGCAACAACAGCAGCAUCAGCUGCAGCCCCAGGGUCAGCUGGUUGGUAAUCUAAACAAUAUGACGGCGCUGCGCCAUCGGCGAGGCAGCACCUCUUCGGCGGAGGAUAGCGAGGACAGCAAAGACUGUGAGGUUGGCGAUAGAGAUAGAGAGUCGCUAACUGGUAUCGGGCAGCAGGCUAUGGAAAUAAUUGACAUCACCGCCUCGCCGCCGAAUGGACUGGAUGUGCCAGCGAUGCCAGUGACUGUACCCAAGCCGAUCAUGGUGGCGAUCAGCAACAGCUCGUUGUCGGGCUCGUCGCCAGACAUGGAACAACUCCGAGAUGCCCCGGCGGAAGUACUGGAGGAUCAAGCAGUAAACAGCCAUGUCUACACUACAACCACCACCACCAGCCACGUCCAAGCCAGCUGCAACAACAACAGCAGCACCAGUGGCGGCAACACUGCAAAUCGAAGCUAUAACCAACAGUCAGCGGGUCAGCGCAAUCACUCCAAUACAUAUUACCGCCAGCCGCUCUAUGUGCCGCCGCCGUUGCAGCAACAGCAGCAACAACAAUUGACCAAAUCCAUUUCCAAUACGCAGCAGAGCAGCUACAGCAGCCAUCACACCCAGCAGCAGCAGCAGCAACGGCCGCAGCAUUUGCGGCUGUCCAGCAGCAAUAGCAAUAGUGGUAACACUGGCAGCGGUAGUUUUCAACAGCAUCAUCAACAUCAACAUCAUCAGCAACAGCAUCAUCAGCAGCAACAGCAGCAGCAACAACAACAACAACAUCAUCACCAUCAGCAGCAACUGCAGCAGCAGCAACAGCAUCGUAGACAUUUUCAAUCAAACGCAUCUAAAGUGGUAGGUUCGCCCACAGUAUCAUCAUCCUCCUGCACAUCAGCAGCAGCAGCAGCGAGUGCGCAUAGCUGCAAUAGCAGCAGCAGCAGCAACAGCAGCCAAAGCGGCGGCCACAGCCGUUUGCAGCAAAUGCGUGACACUCGUCUGGUUAACUCAUCCUCCUCAAUCAUUUCCAUAUCGUCUGAAUCCUCAGUUGGCAGCUCAAGUUCGUCACCCCGUUCCCCACGCUGCGGUUCUGGUGGUGAAUCCGCUGACUCGACUUCCGGUCCGGUGGGAACGACAGAAGAUCGCUAAAGAGGAUGCUCAAACUCAGUUCUAAUUCCAAUCCAGUUCAAGCAAGCGAAUGAGAGGGAUAGAAACAGAUUUAGUCGCAACCAGAUAAUAGAAAAAAGAGAUGG